AGCUCGAGCUGCAUCUUCCAUUGCUCUCGGCCAUAUUCUCCGUUUGACGUAGGAAAAUGGCUGGGGGCUCACCUUGCGCGUCCUGCAAAUUGCUUCGGAGACGGUGUGCCAAAGAUUGCAUCUUUGCUCCCUAUUUCCCCCCCGAGGAUCCUCACAAAUUUGCCAUCGUUCAUAAGGUCUUUGGUGCCAGCAACGUUAACAAGAUGUUGCAGGAGCUUCCAGACUAUCAGAGAGCAGACGCUGUAAGUAGCCUUGUCUAUGAGGCAAACGCAAGGAAGAGGGAUCCAGUUUACGGCUCUGUGGGAAUCAUCUCCUACCUCCAAAACCAAAUAUCUCAGCUACAGAUGCAGCUUGCUUUUGCUGAAGCGGAGCUCUUGUGCAUCCGAAUGCAGCAGGAGGGCUCCUUGGCCAACCAACACGUCAUAGAUAUCCACGAGCCAUCCUCUCUGUUCUGCGCAACUGCUUCACCAGCGUUCCUCAACCCGUGAACUUGACCUCCUCCAACACUAAUGUUGUUCAGGAGCCUCUCGAAUUAA